CACACACAUCCAUUAUCCUCUUUGUUUCUUCAAAACUCUCAAAUAUCUUUACAACAUGGCAAAAGUUGCAAAGUUAAUAAAGCUUAAGUCAGUGCUCAAGAAAUGGAAUUCCUUUGGCUAUUACAAUAACAAACACAACCGCUCUAGCAUAAGAACGGUUGCAAACAAUGAUGAGUCAUCUGUGUUAUCAGAACAAAAUCUUUGUCCUGUCUUUGUUGGUAAGACACGACGAAGAUAUCUUGUGAAUUCCGAUGUUGUUGGACAUCCGCUUUUUCAAGAGCUUGUGGAUAGGUCACGCCACUCACCCGACCUAAAUGGUGACGAAGACACGGUUAAUGUGGCAUGCGAGGUUGUUUUGUUCGAACAUAUGUUGUGGAUGCUUGAAAACGCUGAUCCUCAACCCGACUCGUUAGAUGAACUCGUUGAAUUCUAUGCAUGCUCAUGAAUCAUGAUGAGCAUGUUUCAUAACUUAUAAUGUUUUUUUUAAUGUAUUUUGUUAUUUUUAGUAGGUGUGUUGUGGUUAAUUACCUUGUUUGUAACAUCAAUUGUGAGUGUGUAACAAUUUAAAGCAAACGAUCAUGCAUGAAUGGUGAUGACAACAACAUCCCAUGUAUGCAUAUAUACAUCAUGUGUGAUCCUUGAUAGUUGUAACUUAGAAUAAACAAAUAUAAGAAGAAUCAUCAAUGGUUGAUCAUUUAUAUCGACGCUUUCCUAUAA